GGUAAUCUACAACAUUUAACCAAGUCAGCCCCAUCAACAGUACCAAAUGCAACAAACUCAACAAAUGGCAUACCAAAACCAACCAACCAACAAACUCCACAAACAUUUACCAUUUUAGCUGCCAUCGAAAGCUCGCAACAUAUUUGCGUCAUCGACUUAAUUUGCCAAAGUCUGAAGCUGCUCAGCGGUCACUUUACGUAUUGUGAAAUCCUGGCCGUUUGUCUCGAACGGGAUUUACUGCAAUUAUGCAAGAACAAUUCAGUACCGGCGACAACAACAACAAUAACAACAACAACAACAAAAAACUGUGCUACUAGUGCGGCAACACCUUUAAUUGCAGCAACAGUUAGUGCCGUUUGCCAGAAGGAUCAGAAGCAUCAACAAUUGCCACUCCAGCAACAUGAACAGUCACAACAGCAACAUUUGGUGAAGUUUAUUGGCGUUGACGAAGUCACGACAAGUGUUGCGCCAUCACAAUUACCGUUUGGUAAACUACGAGGUUUUCAUCAUCACGAUCCACAAAAAUGGAGAGAGUUCUUCUUGCAAUUGGAACCUUUUCAGAGUCAAUGUUCAGCAGCUGGUCAACGUUUAGUCGCAGCUAUGAGUGAUAUUCGUACUGCUGACCUGCAAGGGUUACCAACACGACGUCAAUUGUAUGCUCAGCAUAGAGCACUAAGCCGUGCCAUAAUGGAUUCCGAAUUGCAUAAUCUGAGAAAAUGUGGCUCAUUGACGUUAGCACGUCUGCAGGAGUUAGCCAAAUCCAUCAAUAUGAGCCAAAUUGACAGUUGUAAUAAAAAUACCACGAAAAAUAACUGCAGUAGCAAUAGGAUUAAAACCAACAAUGUUAACAAGAUGUUGUCGACAGCAACAUCGAUCAUUAGCAACACUUAUAGCUUUAGUAACAAUAGUCACAUAAGUCACAAUUCGGUCAACACCAAAAUAAAAAGUUCAGCAUUGUCAGGAGAAGACAACAACAAAUCAGUCUCAUCAGCAACAUCAGUUGUGGAAGCAUCAACGAUAGCAAAGAACAACAAUAGUUACACAAACAACAACGUUAGCAAUUGCAACCAUAGUAACGAUAACAGCAAUAGCAACAUUGAUGUUGCAAUUAGAGUACAAAAAGUUGCUUUGUUAUUCAAUGAGGUCGAUCGAGCAUCGAAGCGCUUGGAGCAGUUAACGGAACAACGUCGUGAAAGAUUGCGAGAAUUGACACGCCAACGUGCGCUGGAAGAUGAAGUCAAUGAGUCUACAGUAUUGGGACGUGAGACUGGAAUGGGGCCAUUCGAUAAACAUAUUGCGAUCUACAGUAAAUUACUUGAAAGUAAUGAUGUAUAA